UGCUUUCCAUCUUUCUUUGACGCCAUCUAGGACUGGUUCCUCCCCUGCACAGACUCGUCCCUCGUUCUACAUCCGUUCUUUGCAAACUCAGCUGGUCUUUCAUCGCAUCAGUCAUUUCCUAGCCAGUUUCAAAUAUUGUCAUUUUCGAGUCCAGCAUGUUUUCCAAGUCCUUCAUCGCGUCUCUCCUCGUCCUCGCCCUCUCCGCGCAGGUCCACGCCCACGCUGCGAUCGCGCCCGCACUCGGCGUGAAAGGUACACCUGUCCGCAGCGACGUCCAGCGCCCAUCUGCAGCCAAGCCCUGCGGCAAUGCCAACAUUGCGGGCACCAUCGACUCUUCCACGGCAGUCGCCGCCGCUGCCGAUGGCACUUUCGCCGCCACGAUCUCUAACUUCAACGCCGGCAAAGAUGGCUCGCGCCAAGUGACCGCCCAGAUCGAUGCCACCGGCACAGGCAAGAGUUUCGUUGCUGCAACGGUAGUGACCAAUGGCGAUGCUGCUCCUACCAACGUCGGCUCGCAACAGCUCUCCAUCAAGCUCCCCGCUGGGACUAAAUGCUCUGGCGGUGCCUCCGGCGACCUCUGUCUCGCCUCGUUCACCACCGCAGGCGGGUUCGGCAAUUGUGUCGUCGUCUCCCAGGGCGCUGCAACUGGAAAUGCCGCUGCCGCGGCUCCCGCAACGAGUGCUGCCGCGACCGGUGCCGUGACCGGAGCUGCUACUGGUGCUGCCACUGGCGCCGCUGCUGGCGCUGCCGCUGGUGCCGCUGGUCGCAAGGGUAAGGGUCAGAAGGCGAAGGCCGCCGCGGCUGCCGCCAAGGCAAACGCUGCCAAGACCAACGCUGCCAAGGUUAAUGCCGCCAAGGCCCAGAAGGCCGCUCGCUCCUUCGACCGUGCUUGGGCUUCCCGCCGUAACGUGUACGUUCCCGUGGCGUAAAGCGAUGAGGGCCUGUGUGCGCGGGUCUCGCUGGGUCAUGAUUUUUGCUUUUUUAAUGGGUUUGUUGCUAUGGACGUACACUGCUCUGUACGGGAUUUGGUUUUCAAUGCAAAGGAAAGCUUUGAGCCGGAUAUGGUCUUG